GUGUUGAGCUGCAGGCAACAAAACAAAGCUGCAUAAUAUCUGGCAAAGUAUGACGAGACAAAUGAAUGGCCAUUCCACCUUGGAGGAGCUGAUGAAGCCGGACAAAUGCUCUCCAGAUACUGCUGAGGACAUGGAACCAGCAGAGAGCUUCAUCCAACAAGCCAUGGAAAUAAUUAUUCAAGAAGCAGUGAAAAAAGGAACAAACGUCAAAGAGAAGGUUUGUGAGUGGCGGCCCCCUGAGCAGCUGAAAGAGCUGCUGGACCUGGAGCUGAAAGACACAGGAGAGCCUGAGUCCAAGAUACUGCAGCGUUGCAGGGACGCCAUCAGAUACAGCGUCAAGACCAGUCACCCUCGUUUCUUCAACCAGUUGUUUGCGGGGAUGGAGCCUCAUUCCAUGGUGGCAAGUUUCAUUACUGAGGCAAUAAAAACCAGCCUGUACACGUAUGAGGUGGCCCCAGUAUUCACUUUGAUGGAGGAUGCUGUACUAAAGACGAUGAUGGAGCUGAUAGGCUGGAAGGACGGAGGGGAUGGACUCUUUAAUCCAGGGGGAUCGAUGUCCAACAUGUAUGCUGUAAAUUUAGCACGGUAUUACUACUGUCCAGAUUUUAAAGAGACUGGGAUCUACGGUUCUCCACGGCUAGUCAUGUUAACGUCUCAGGAGAGUCAUUACUCCAUCGCUAAAGCAGCAGCUUUGCUGGGAUUAGGCACCAAGAAUGUUUAUGUUGUGCCUUCUGAUAGCAGGGGGAAAAUGAUUCCAUCCGCUCUGGAAGAAAAAAUACAUCUGGCAAAAAGUGAGGGUGCGGUUCCUUUCAUCGUAAAUGCCACAGCCGGAACAACCGUGUUUGGCGCUUUUGAUCCCAUUGAUGAGAUUGCCGACAUCUGCCAGAAGCACAACCUGUGGCUGCAUGUGGAUGCAUGCUGGGGUGGAGGUGCUCUGAUGUCUAAGAAGCACAAGCACUUAUUAAAGGGCAUCCACAGGGCCAAUUCUGUUGCCUGGAACCUUCACAAAAUGUUGAUGGCUACCCUGCAGUGCUCGGCUUUCCUGGUUCGAGACAAGAGCUGUCUCCUCCAGCGUUGCCACUGUGCCGGGGCGUCCUACCUCUUCCAGCAGGACAAGUUCUACGAUGUGAGCUACGACACCGGGGACAAGUCGGUCCAGUGCAGCAGGAAGCCAGACGCUUUCAAGUUCUGGCUCAUGUGGAAAGCUGUGGGGACCAGAGAGCUGGAGAACAGGGUGGACAGAGCCCUCGAAAUGGCCAGGUAUCUUGCACAAGAGAUCAAAAAAAGAGAAGGAUUCAGAUUGGUAAUAGAGCCUGAGUUUGCAAAUGUUUGCUUCUGGUACAUCCCACCAAGCUUGAGGAACCUACCGGAUGGCCCCGAGCUGCGGAAAAAGCUACACGCUGUGGCGCCAGUAGUUAAGGAGCGCAUGAUGAAGUCUGGUACUAUGAUGAUUGGCUAUCAGAAGCAUGGGGACAAGCCCAACUUUUUCCGGAUGGUUGUCAUCAGCCCUCAGGUGAAAAGGCAGGAUUUGGACUUCGUCCUGGAGGAGAUACACCGUCUGGGGAAGGACUUGUAAUGUGUUUCCAUCAAGAGCUUUUUGUUCGUCUGCAAUAGAUGGACUUGAACUGUAUUUUCUGGCAACCAAAGAACCAACAGAAAUGAGAGUUGGAACAGCCUGUACCAUCAAUUGGGCAAAUCCUGUUAAGAUCUGGUGAUCUGUACAUGUUUGAUCAUUUUUCUACUGUUUAUCUAUACAAAAGCAAUAGAUGAGCUGAAAUGUAUCCAAAUAUUGAUUCAAUCUAAAGAGAAAUAGGUGCUUAAUUGUGCUGUCUCUAAAUGUGAUGUCUUUUAAAUUUUGAAAUGGAAAGUCAACUCCAGCUUCCUUUUGAUAUUUAUUGUGUUGUGGAUUUAAUUCCACAAAUUCUUUUUGUCAUUAUUAGUUGUAGUAGCAUUUGUUGCUGCUUUACUUUUUUCCAUCCAAGCUUGUGCAAAACAGCACUGUCUUAUAAAGCUUAUAAAAGCA